AUGGCACAAUCGGAACCUAAUGGACUAUUUGCGAUGGUGGAACUCAACUACCAAGGGGUAUUUAAUCGAAAUCCUUUCUCUUACACUAGUGGUGUUAAAACCAUCUUCAAUGAUGUUGAAUUUUCUUCUAUGACUUAUUCUGAGUUUGUGACCUUCUGCGAACGUUUCAUGCAUGAAGAGUGUAAAAAGUUUUACUACUGUGAACCAGACAUGUCCUUCAUGGAAGGCCUUAAUCCCAUUUCAGAUGAUGUGGAAUAUUCUGCUUUUAUUUUUGAUGCUUAUGGAACAAAUGGUGUAAUUUCGGUUUAUGUGGAUCAUAUUGGGGUUGGUGUUGAUGGGUGGCAUGAUGAUGAAGAUAAUGAUGAUGAUGAACAUGAGUCUUGUAUUGAUGGUGAAAAUGAAGACAACAUAGAUGAACUUAGAAAUGUUGCCUUUGAAUUUAAUGAGGAUGUAGUGCAUAUGAAUAGGACAUCAAAUGAUCCUUUCUUGAGUAAGCUAUGUGUUGAUGAUGAGGAUGCAAACAACAUUGUAGAUGAUGACAAUGGGAGAGAAGUUGAAGUUAACAUACAAGCUCAUUCCAUAUUUAAUGAGCUAUUACACUGGAAAAAACAAAAACCAAUUCUAGGGAUGAGAUUUAAGGGUCCAGGGCAAGUAAAAUCAAUGUUGUGUAACUAUGCUGUAGCUAAUGGAUAUCAAUUGUGUUUUGAAAAAAAUGAUCGGACAAGACUUUUGGUGAGGUGUAGCAAAGGUGCUUGCACAUUUAGAUUAUGGGCUUCCUGGAUGAGUGAUGAAGAGAGUUUCCAAAUCAAGUCACUAAAAGCUGAUCAUAAUUGUGCUAGGAACUUCAAGUUUGGAUCAUUGGUGACAUAUGCAUGGAUUGGGAGUCACUAUACCAAAGAGAUUGUAGAAAGUCAGAAAAUAAGUGUAAGGAAGCUUAGGUUAAAGGUAAUGGCCAAGUUUGGUAUCCAAGUUAGUAUGGGGCAAUGUAGAAGAGCAAAGAAGUAUGCACUGAAACUUGUUGAAGGAAACCUUGUUGAACAUUAUGGUAAGCUAUGGUCAUAUGGUCAUGAGAUUUUAAGGACAAAUCCUGGGUCAACUGUGAAACUAGAUAUGGAGGAUGGGCCAGAUGGAAAGAAAUAUUUUAGCAAGUUCUAUUGUUGUUUUCAAGGAGUUAAACAAGGUUGGAUUGAAGGGUGUAGAAGGGUAAUUGGUCUUGAUGGAUGUUUUCUUAAAGGUGUUUGUAAGGGAGAAUUGCUUUGUGCUAUUGGGAGGGAUGCAAAUGACAAGAUAUAUCCUAUUGCUUGGGCAGUGGUUAAUGUGGAGAACAAGCAGAAUUGGAAGUGGUUUCUAGAGCUUCUCAUUGAUGAUCUACACUUGAAUUUAGGCAAUGGUUUCAGUUUAAUGUCAGACCAACAUAAGGGUUUGAUAAAGGCUGUUAAAGAGCUGCUGCCAUAUGUAGAGCACAGGCAGUGUGCUAGACAUAUUUCCUAG